CUCAUCAACAACCACCCACGAAAUAGCCUUUUACUAGAUCAACCAGAUCAACAGCCAACCCACAAAUGAUCCCAGAGCAAACAACCAAAUCAAUUGGCAGAGGCCGAAGCUGUACCUCCAUCAACCAGCUAGGACGAUUACACGAAACUGCCAGCCGGACCUGUAAUAAACUGGAUCAAUGACGUAACACAUGGAUCAGAAGUCGAUGACGGCGUGGAUGGAGCAAAACAGAUCGCUCGAAAAACAGACGAACGAGACGACUGAAUGCAAAGUAUUAAGGCAUCGGAAAUCCCCUAUCUCGGACCCAAGUUGCUGGGAAUCUUUUCCUCAUUAUCUUCCUGUGAACAAUCUGAUCCGAAACUCACUACCAAAAGACAAACAACACAUCAAACCAAAACCCAACCUACUCCCAACACAAAAAACCAACAACAGUCAAGAUGGUUACCGGAAAGAGCGCAGGUGACAACCUCAUGAUGGACGGCGACCAGCACACCCACCACGAUCAGUCGUCGACCCACCCUGAGCCUCUCAAGGCGGGCGAGCAGUCGUCGCACCACGUCCACGACCCCAAGGACCAAUACAGCCUCGCAGACCGUGCCAACAAGGAGAAGCUCGAGGAGAAGGAGGCCAAGAAGCAAGAGCAGAGGGAGAAGGACAUCAAGCCUACAGAUAUCGCCGAGUCGCACGGCAACAAGCCUUCGCGCGGCGCCCAGGUCGAUGAGAUGCUGGAGAAGGAGGAUGAGGAGCGACUGAAGCAAAAGGCUGAGAGCAAGUCGGCCAAGAAGCACUGA